GCGGACGGCGCGGAUGGGCGGCGGAGCAGGCCGGCUCGCUCAAGUCCAAGCGUCCAACCCCAUCGCAUCGCCAUCUCCAACGACGCGCAGCCACGAUCGCUCGCUCGUUGGGUCGGUGACGUCGGUCGCUGCCCCGGCGCGUCCAGGUUCGCCUGCGCCGCCGUCUUCUCUCUUCUAAAAAGAAAAAAACGCACCCCGCGCGCUCGAGUCCACGCUCCCAUCGCCCUCCGCCUCGCCUCGCUGCAAAUCUCACCACUCGCCACCACCUCCACUUCGCCGCCGGCGCCUCACCACGCGCAGACGGACGGGGUAGAUAGCCAUGGCUGGCUCCAAGCAGCGGGUCGUCGCCGUCAUCAUGGUCGGCGGGCCGACCAAAGGGACAAGGUUCCGGCUGCUGUCGCUGAACGUGCCCAAGCCGCUGUUCCCGCUCGCUGGCCAGCCCAUGGUGCACCACCCAAUCUCCGCGUGCCGCCGCAUCCCCAACCUGGCGCAGAUAUACCUCGUCGGGUUCUACGAGGAGCGGGAGUUCGCGCUCUACGUCUCCUCGAUCUCCAACGAGCUCAGGGUCCCCGUCAGGUUAGCCUCGCGAUGAGGACGGCGAGGAGAGGGAGAGCCGAGAGGGGGAAGGAAACCACGAGGAGGAGGACUUCCUUGUCGGGUCCGCCCGGGGCGCCGCCGCCUUCUUCUCUGACGCAGUGCUCGCUGCUGGGGAGCCCCCCGGAACCCGACGCCAUUGACGCCGCCAUCCGUGUCACCGCCGCCGACCACCCGGAUGCCCUCCUCUCGCCGCCGCUCCCUCCUCUCUCGCCGCCGACGAGAAGGGCGGCGGAUGGCUAGGCGAGCGGCGCAAGAGAGAGAUGGCCGCCGCCGCCCCGCGCGUGCCGUCGCCCGCCGCCAGCCAUGCGCUGUCCGUCGCCGUGCCUCCUGCCGCCGCUGCGCUGUCCGUCGCCGUGCCGCCCGCCGUCGC